CGACACUCAGACCAACGAAAUCUGCCUUUUCACGUCAAAGUGACGUGUUCUGCAAGGGCAUAGCCUCAUAAAUCAGCGCGCGGGCCAUUGUUCAGCCCCUGUACCGAUCCGCUCUCAGUCCCCUAUAACAUUUAACAUUUAAUUCAUAAUGCGCAGCCUUGCACUAUGAACAAAGAAGCCGAAACUACACGGUGUCGUCUUUCUCUUUUAACAAUGAAGAUCCAAAGCAGAAAACAGCUUUCCAUCUUACCCUCCUUCUCACUGCAUGCCUCCAGGCAUAGCUCGCACCAAUCGCACAAACGACAGCCAAACGACAACUGCCUUGCUUCCCGCCGAACUCGUUGAGCAAAUAUGCGACAGCUUAGAAGCGGUUGAUAUCAGCUCCCUACGGCUCGUUUGCAUUCAGUUAUUCGAAAAAACGACCAGGGCUUUCUUCAUCACCUCCUUCAGCACAGUCACCACAGACUUUUGCACGAAAAGCUUGCGACGGAUAGAAGAAAUAUCGCAGCAUCCACAAGCACGGCAAGCUGUCAAAGAACUCGUGGUUGCGGGGGCAAAUGACGUCGGUGGAAUGGAUCCUGACUUAGGACACGACAUCGAAGGGCAGUGGCAUCGUUCAAUACGAGGGAACCUGGAAGCACCAUUGCCUGAUAUUGUCAACAGAUUUCUACGCGAAGUAAUCGUAGAAGGCUUGCCAAAUUGUCGUUCCUUCCGCAUCCGCGCCAUUUCAGGGCCCCAGUACUUUCCAGCCAACCUCAACGGACCGUCAACCGCCUACCUUCGCUUAACCGACGUCGUGGAACUCCUUUUGUCCCACUUUUCUGAGUUCCGUCUACCGGUGAAGGCUUUCACUUUGGAUAUCAGCUCUUCAGGCACGUGUCAGGACAUGCGACCGUUGCGGCCAGAUACAUACCGUAACCCAAAUUUCGUGGAAGUAUGGAGCAACCACCUACAGGAACUAGAUCUCGUUAUAUGGGGCUGGUGGGAUCUAACGCAAGAAGUGAAAAACUUUAUAACGGCGCUUAUCGGAUCUGCCACGAAUCUCAAAACCCUUUCCUUGGACAGUUCGAGUACAGACUCCCUUUUGGACCAUAUCUCUGCCUCUCAACCGUCGUGGAAGCCGCAACUCCAUCACCUAAAUCUCCAUUACGUUUCAUUUGACAGCGACUCAUUUUUCCGCUCAUGGAGGCCUCCACUCCGCCACUUAAGCCUCUAUUCCGUCCAUGGCGACCGCCACCUAUUUUUCAACUUCCUUUCGAUUUUCCGGGAGACCCUUCGAACUUUGUCAUUAAAACAUGUCCGGCUUGAGAUUGAUUCCUUCCAGGAUUUUCUGUCUGCCUUGGCCCAUUGUUUCACACACCUUGAAACCGUUUGCUUAUUUGUCAUAUGUGUUCGAUUUCCGGGUUUCAAUCAUCUUCGCUUUGUCAAUUACUGGUGGGACCGCGCUAAGGACUUUCCACCCGGUGUUCGUUGGAUACAGCAAGGUAGCCGCCCUCUAAUAGGGGGUAUCCAUUACGAAGGGCCUGAUGUUGUUGGCGUUUUAGAGUCUCUCGUGAAGGUUGCCUACGUGCGGAAGAUUAGGGGUGUUGGUGUCGAACCUUUGGAGAUCCCGGUAAUGUCUCCUGCUGCAGAGCCAUGUCGUAACGCUUGGGUUUUGUAUCCAACUAUUUCCAGUUACGCCUUUGGCCGAGCCAUUUAACAAUAUAUACAAGGCCCAGAAGGACAGGCACUUCAAUCAAUGGACCAACUGUUCUGGAGUGCACUGUCAGUAAUCGUAGCAUACAAGCAAAAACAAGAAGUACA